CUAACCUACAGUUUCGAGUUUCGAGCAAAAUAUACAUAUACAAUAUUGGGCAAUGAAUGGGUCUUCAAAAGUUGAUUUGAAUUAUUCCUAAUAUUGUAUAUUGCAAAGAAAAGCGAAAAUAUGGCAAAACAUUCAUCCGACUUCUUUGGAGAUCUACAUUCCUCUUUUAUAGGCCAUUCGUCUGAUAAUACAUCAAUUAAAAGUUAUUUAUUUUCUACUCUCCAACUCUAUUUUGAGCUGGUGUCUGAAAACGGAGACGAAUGUUUAGUCUUAUUGGAAAAUAUAAAAUUCUACUUGAGACAAUAUAUACUGAAGGAUUCUGAGGAAAAUGUAGAGGAUGUGUUAUUGCACCUGAUUGCAACCCUUUUGAAAUGUAAAACAAAUUAUUCCUUAGUGUUGAACAAAAUCUUGCUUAAAUGUCCAAGCAAUAUAAGAAAUGAUUUCAGAGAGGAUAUAGACUAUAUUAUGAAUAAUAUUCCUAUUGAUUUAUUUUUGGAUAAGUAUAAACCCUCUGACGGAGAAUUAGAAUUUGAUAAAAUUAAGACAACACAAGAAAAGCUGUUUUCCAUUCCCAUUUCUUUCAAGGUAGAAAAGAAAGAAAUCCAUAACAUAGAUAAUUUAUUUAAAUACGUGGAAAAUAAGCCUGAUUCUGCUAAAUCUUCGAAGUAUCCUCUUUUUGAAAGGUAUGAAUUAUACAGGAGCAAAAUAAUGGUUUUUUCAAAAUAUGCAGAUUUUAUGGAUCACAUUGUCAAAUCAUUGGAAUCCAGUAAAAAUAAUGAAGAAUUAUUUAAUGAUCUCCUAGAUACUUUAGGUUGUGAGGUAUUUGAUUUCAUAAAAGAAAUGGUAGAAAACAGGUAUUCAGAUAUCGAUUUCUCAUCACCAUUUGAUGAUGAAACUGUUAGGAAAUAUCUUUCUAAGAGAAACCAAAUGAAAAAUGGUCCAGCACUUGCAAGUCAAGUGAUUGUUCAAAGUGAAGAAGAGAAAAAUUUGGCAAAAAAAUUGAGAAAGUUAGAGAAAAAAGAACGUGGAAAAUUUUCAGAUGAAAUAGAAAGUGUUUCUGAUGAUCUGAGAACAGAGCAAAUGCGUCCUAUGUUUAGAAGAAUACCUGAGGUUGUAGAAACUUUCCCCCAUGUUUAUGAUAAUAAAUUCACAAAAUUUGCUACUAUCCAUAAAGGUUCAACAAUAAAACUCCCUGAAAAUGCUGUCCAAAAGAGAAACAACCUUUUCACUGAGAUCAGUAUUCCAGCUGAUAACUUAAAAGAUUAUAAGGACGGUUUUAAAUUGGUUGACGUCAAAGACUUGGAUGUAACUGGCCAACUAGUUUUUAAGGAUAUAGAAAAAUUUAAUAGAAUACAAUCAGAAGUAUUUCCUGUAGCAUAUAAUACUAAUGAAAAUUUGCUCAUUUGUGCGCCAACUGGAGCUGGAAAAACUAAUAUAGCUUUACUUGCAAUGGUACAUCAGAUUAAGGCACAUAUGGUUGAUAACACUGUACAACAUUCCAAUUUCAAGAUAAUUUAUGUUAGUCCAAUGAAAGCCCUAGCGACUGAAAUGGUUGCUAACUUCAGUAAAAAACUCAGUUCCAUAGGAGUAAGAGUGAAAGAAUUAACUGGCGAUAUGCAAUUGACUAGAAAACAAAUUGCUGAAACUCAUGUUAUUGUUAGUACUCCUGAAAAAUUUGAUGUCAUCACUAGAAAAGGAGCAGUGGACACUGAAAUAGCUUCUCAAAUGAAACUGUUGAUCAUUGACGAAGUGCAUUUAUUAAAUGGUACUAGGGGUCCAGUAAUCGAAACAAUAGUAGCUAGAGUUUUGAGACAAGUAGUUAGUACACAAAGUAUGAUCAGAAUUGUUGCUUUAUCUGCCACACUACCAGGAUAUUUAGAUGUUGCAUCUUUUCUACGUGUUAAUCCUCAUAAAGGUUUAUUCUUUUUUGAUAACAGAUUUAGAUCUGUUCCAUUAUCGCAUACAUAUAUAGGCAUUAAUACUAAUCCAGACAACUUAGAGACCAUGAACAAAGUUUGUUAUCAACAAAUGAAAAAGUUCAUAAAGAAUGGACAUCAAGUAAUGGUUUUUGUAACAGCUAGAAAUCAAACUGUCUCAGCCAUUAACAGUUUUAUAGCCCAAGCCAAGGAGCAUAAGGAAAUAGAAAUGUUUGUUCCUAACAAGUCUUACAUGAAUUUGAGGUAUAAUUUCAAAAAUUCAUACCUGCAUGAAUUUGUUACUCAAGGUUUUGGAACCCAUCAUGCAGGAUUAUGUCGUAGUGACAGAUUAGAAAUCGAAAGUCUCUUCAGAAAUGGUUUUUUGAAAGUAAUAGUAUGUACAGCAACAUUAGCCUGGGGUGUUAAUUUACCAGCUCAUGCAGUUUUGAUACGAGGUACGACAAUGUAUGAUCCACAACAAUCAAAAUUUGUUGAUAUGGACGUUCUUGAUGUUCUGCAAAUCUUCGGAAGAGCUGGCAGACCCCAGUACGAUACAUCAGGACAUGCAACUAUAAUUACUUCUCAAGCUAAGAUGUCUUUUUAUAUGAAUAUGCUCAUGUCACAAACUCCUAUUGAAAGUAGGUUUCUGGAUAAACUACCCGAUAACCUCAAUGGUGAAAUUGUUCUGGGAACUAUUUCGAAUGUAAAAGAGGCCUUAGAAUGGUUACAAAGCAGUUAUCUAUUUCACCGGUUGAGGAAAAAUCCAUUGAAUUAUGGUCUAAACCAUACAGAAAUUGCUGAAGGACUUGAAUAUGAUUUUCUCCAAAGACAACUGGUGGGUGCAGCUAAGGUUCUAGAGAAAGCUGAAAUGAUUAGAUUCGAUGAGAGAACAGGAGAAUUAAGACCUACUAGUUAUGGCAGAAUUGCUAGCUACCUCUACAUAACCCAUGAAACCAUAACUUUAUUUAUGGAAAAACUGAGAAGCAACAUGAUGGAUGAUGAGAUAUUAAUCCUAAUCAGCAGUGCUGUUGAGUUCCAACAAAUCCAAGUUAGAAACGAUGAGUUAGAAGAGCUAGACCGUCUCAGAAGAGAAUAUGUGGAACUUGAAAGUAAUUUGGAUGUUACAACAGUUGAGAUGAAAGUAAUGGUAUUGAUUCAGACAUGCAUAUCUAGAGGAUUCAUUAGGCUUUCUUCCCUUGUUUCAGAUAGUGAAUAUAUUAUGCAGAAUGUGGUCCGUCUUGCUUCUGCCUUACAUCAACUAGCAGUAGAAAGGAAUUUUGCAUCUUUAGUUGAAACAACUUUGGUUAUGUCCCAGAUGUUAGAGCAACGCACUUGGAGUUUCUGUCAUCCCUUGAGCCAAUUCAAGGACAUGAACUUCAAAGGAAUGGACAUAAUGUCUUCCAUCAAUAUUUCAAUUGAGGAAUUGAGAGCUAUGCCAGCUAAAGAAAUUAUAGAUAUGGCACGAAAUAGGAAUAUGGGCCUUCGCAUACUACAUGCAGCUAAAGCUUUUCCUUUGGUAACAUUCGACAUGGUGGUCAAACCUAUCACAGAAGGUGUAAUAAGAAUUAGAUUAUUAAUUACCCCCGACUUCAAAUGGGACAAUAGUAUUCAUGGUGGAUGUCAACAAUAUGUUGCUAUGGUUGAAGAUCCAAUGCAUGAUAAUAUAUAUCAUUUCGAGAAAUUCAUUAUCACUGAACGAAACUGUUCAUCUGGAGAACCUAUUGAAUUGUACUUCACAGUUCCAUUGAUUGCACCACAUGCUGAAGAGUAUUUUGUGAAGAUAAUAAAUUUACAUUUUCUACAUACGAAAGUUGAACAAGUUAUAAAUUUCAACAACAUAACACUACUGCCAAGUCAUGGUAUUGAAACUGCAAUUUUAAAUGUUCAUCCUCUGCCAAAAACUGCCCUUCGAAAUCCGCUUUUUGAAAGUAUAUAUCCUUUCGAUUACUUUAACGCUGUCCAAAGUCAAGUAUUUCAUUCCUGCUAUAACACAGAGAGUAACAUUUUACUAGGAGCACCGACAGGGUCUGGUAAAACAAUAGUAUCAGAACUGUGCAUUUUAAGAUUAUUUACAAAUGAACCAGAGAGAAAGGUAGUUUAUAUAGCUCCAAUGAAAGCUCUUGUUCGAGAAAGGGUCAAGGAUUGGUGUGUGAAAUUUCAGAAACUAAAGAAAAACGUAGUUGAAAUAACCGGUGAUGUGACACCAAAAUCAGACUUGAUCACAUCAGCCAAUAUUAUUAUUACCACACCAGAAAAAUGGGAUGGUAUGAGCCGAAAUUGGCAUCAAAAAGAUUUCGUUAAGAGUGUAGGAUUGAUGAUUAUCGAUGAAAUUCAUUUAUUAGCAGAAGAAAGAGGUCCAGUGUUGGAAGUCAUCGUAUCUCGUAUGAAUUAUAUUAACAGCUUCAGUAAUGGUGCUGUUAGGAUGAUCGGUCUCUCUACGGCAAUGGCAAACGCUGGAGAUCUUGCCAAUUGGUUGGGUGUGAAAGAAGGUUUGUUCAACUUCAGUUCUAGUGUGCGUCCAGUACCACUUGAAAUUCAUAUAACUGGAUUUUCCGGAAAAAACUAUUGCCCAAGAAUGGCAACAAUGAAUAGGCCUGCUUACCAGUCAAUAUGCCAGUAUGCACCAGAUAGUCCAACCUUAAUAUUUGUAUCUUCAAGAAAACAAACCCGCAUAACAGCUCACGAGUUAAUAAAACAACUGAUGGUGGACAUCAAUGAGAAACAAUGGAGGAGGUGUUCUGAAGAAGAAAUAGAAAUGUACAGAAGUCAAGUGCACGAUAACGAUUUGAGUUACAUGUUACAGUUUGGUGUGGCUAUUCACCAUGCUGGUUUGCAAGAUAAAGAUAGGGACAUUGUUGAGGAAUUAUUUGUGAACCAAAAAAUACAAGUAUUAAUUGCUACUGCUACACUAGCUUGGGGGGUGAAUUUCCCUGCACAUCUCGUUAUUGUUAAAGGUACAGAGUAUUUUGAUGGUGCAACUAAGCGAUAUGUCGACAUGCCUGUCACGGAUGUUCUUCAAAUGUUAGGUCGAGCUGGUCGACCUCAAUUCGAUAAAAGUGGAGUUGCCUGUGUGUUUGUUGAAGAAAGUAAGAAGAGUUUCUACAAGAAGUUCUUGUUCGAACCGUUUCCAGUCGAAUCAUGCCUACUGAAAGUAUUACCUGAUCAUGUAAAUGCCGAGAUAUCUAAUGGUACUAUUGGUGGAAAAGAACAAUUGAUAGAUUUUAUUUGCUCAACUUUCUUCUUCCGAAGAUUAUUGAUUAACCCAAGCUACUAUCAACAAGAGCCUCAAGAAGUUAAAACAUAUUUGGGUGAAUUGGCAGACUCGGUAGCCAUGACCUUGAAUGAUGCUGGCUGCAUAGAUAUACAGGAUGAGAAUCCCUCAUCUAUAGUUUAUGAAUCAACAUUCUUGGGACACUUGGCAGCAAGGUAUUAUUUGACAUACAAAACAAUUGUAUACUUUGAAAAAGUAAUAAAAGAAAGAUCUUCUAUUGAUGAUCUCCUUAUAACAUUAUGUCAAGCAGAAGAAUAUGCACUGUUCCCAGUGAGACAUAACGAAGAUAAAAUAAAUAAGCAAAUGAUGUGUGAUUUGAAGUUGAAUAUUGGCUUAGGUCCUGACUCUCCUCAUUUGAAGAUUUAUCUCCUAAUUUACUGUUACAUGAAUGGAGUUGAAUUGCCCAAUCAAGAAUAUGUUAUUGAUUUAAAAUCUGUCUUUGAUCAAAUUAUUAGGAUAAUACAGGCGACAAUAAGUCUGACAAGUUUCAAAGGAUGGUUGGACUGUACUAUGAAGUUAAUUUAUAUUUCUCAAAUGGUUUUACAAGGAUUGACUAUUACAUCUUCCAAUUUGAUGAUGCUUCCUCUUGUGAAUGAAAGUAAUAUACAACAGCUGACGGUAGAAUUGGAUAAAAAUCUGCCUGCUUCACACACCCUUUGUAUAUCAGUGCUACAGGAAUUACUGAAGACUUCCAGAAAAUCUGUGACUUUAGCUCUCAAAAAAAUAUUUGGCGAUACUAAAAUGAAUCAAGUUUUGAAGGUGAUUCAGCAGUUACCUGAUAUGAGUUUGCAGGUAAUAAUCAAAGACAAAGAUUCCAAAGUUAUAGAUUAUCAGCUCUGUGAAGACCAAAAAGCUAUAAAGACGACUCUACCACCGGACACACCUUAUUUGGUUAUUGUGAAUGUUGAGAGAAAAGGUGGAAACUUGAACGUUUUCAGUAGGAAUUUCAGUAAACAAAAAGAUGAAUCAUGGUUCUACCUUCUCUCAAAAGAUAAUUACUUAGAGGACUUCCAAAGGGGUAGUUUCAGAUCAAAUAAAUCAUUUCAGAACCAACUGUUCACCCCUACUGCUCGAGGUACUUAUACAUAUGUGAUCCAACUCAUGAGUGACUCCUACAUUGGGCUCGACCAAAAAAUAGUUUUAAAUGUUAUGGUUAAAUGAAUGUUCUGUUUAUUUAUAUUUCUUAUCAUUAUUAUCGUUUCAAAUAUAAAAUUUACUCAU